CACCGACUCUUAAUAAUGGAGCCACAGCUCGAUGAGAGCGAGCGGGAUGGGGAUGCCCCCUUCCGAAAUAGAAGAAGAAAUAAAGGUCGUCGGUACUGGCGGCUACGUGCAAGGACGAGCACCAAACAGCUCCGGCCAGCCUCCGCCGGCACCCACGGGCAGCAGCGGCGCGCCAUGGACGCUGAGGCCGGAGAGGCGCCCCUCCUCUCCCACCAGCGCAACUCCAACCAGGUUUCCUCGGCAAAUUACAACUGCAAACCCUUCAACUGGAAAGCUCCUGCUAUUAUCUUGGCAUUUGAGUUCUUGGAGAGCAUUGCAUACGCUGGUAUUGCCCUCAACUUGGUAGUAUAUCUUGGGAAGGUCCUUCAUGGAACCACUGCUUCAAAUGCUGCGAAUGUUGAUACAUGGAACGGCACCACGUUCCUCAUGCCCGUCCUCGGAGCAUUUCUUGCUGAUACAUACUGGGGGAAGUACAAGACCGUGGCUAUCUCCAUAAUAUUUUAUCUUACUGGGUUGCUCAUCAUUACUGCUUCGGCGAUCAUUCCAUCUUUACAACCUGCCCCGUGUGAAGGAAAUUCAUGCCCUCCUGCCACAGGGUUUCAGUAUUUUGUCUUGUUUGCUUCACUAUACCUUGUCUCGAUUGGGACCGGAGGGGUUAAAUCAGCUUUGCUCCCCCUUGGGGCUGAUCAGUAUGAUGAUUCAAACCUUGAACAGAGUAAAAAGAAGCAAGCGUUCUUUAGCUGGUUCUUCAUUGCCAUUAACCUUGGUGUCUUCAUCUCGGGGACCGUUGUUGUAUGGAUACAGCAAAAUGUUGCUUGGUCUCUUGGAUUCGGCAUCUCAUCGGUAUGCAUCAUUAUUGCCACAGUUGCCUUCUUGGCAGGAACACCAAUCUACAGGGUUCAACUUCCUACCGGAAGCCCACUGAAAAGUCUUGUAGCGGUGUUUGUCGCGUCAUUUAAAAAGAGAAAAGUAGAGGUUCCUGCUGAUAGCUCAAUAUUGUUUGAUGGGAAUGAUGCUGAUUUAACCAAUGAAGCACCAAACAAAUUGGCACAUACUGAAGGAUUCAGGUGCUUAGAUAAGGCUGCUGUGGUGUUAGGUGACCAAGAGAUAAAGGAGAGCCUUUCCGGGCGUCCAUGGAUGCUAUGCACUGUAACUCAGGUGGAGGAAGUGAAGAUCCUUGUCCGGAUGCUUCCAAUAUGGUUCACCAGCGUGUUCUAUGCAGCAUCGAUGUGCCAAACAGCCACCACUUUCAUCCAACAGGGGAACAAAAUGAACACAAAGAUCGGAUCCUUCUCUGUCCCUCCUGCUUCCAUGAACUCGGCCUCGGUGGUCUUCAUGAUGAUCUUCGUCGUGAUCCAGGACAGCAUUGUGAUCCCAAUAGCCAGGCGAUACACUGGAAACGUCGCUGGGCUCACGCAGCUGCAGCGGAUGGGCGUCGGCCGGUUCCUAGCGGUCCCGGCGCUGGCCGCGGCGGCACUGGUUGAGAUGUGGAGGCUGCGCAGCGUCGGGGCCGGCCACAACCUGAGCAUAGCGUGGCAGCUCCCCCAGUUCAUGCUCAUCGCCUGCUCUGACGUGUUCUGCGGCAUAGCCCAGCUCGAGUUCUUCUACUCGGAAGCCCCCAUGUCGAUGCGGAGCCUAUGCUCCGCAUUCUCGUUCCUGGCGAUGUCGCUUGGUUACUACCUGAACUCCAUGAUCAUCUCGGCCAUCGCUGCUCUGUCGAAGAGCGGCGGCGGGAAGGGCUGGCUUCCCGCCGACUUGAACGACGGGCAUCUUGACUACUACUUCUGGCUGUGGGCUGGGAUCGGCGCGGUGAACUUCGUUGUGUACACGGCCUUCGCGAAGAAUUAUACAGUGAAGAAAGUCGAGCUCCGGUGAACACGGUUUGCUGUUGGUCACAAGCGUACAGUUCUUAUCCUCUUUGUUGUGUAUGUACUGUCUACAAUACAGCUUUGAUGUAAUUAAAUAUCGCCCAAAUUCCUGUAGUUGUGUCCAUUUGAAUAAAAUGUUUCUUUGAAACACAAAUGAAGCAAAGCUAUAGCUCUGUUUGCAGCUGCA